UUGAAGCGCCUGAGGAGAGCGAGCAGGGAAGGAAGGCUCUGCAGGGUUUUUUCCUCGUUCACCCUGGCCUGGGGGUUUGUGCUCCCCGAGGGGCCUCCCUUCGCCCCUCAGCCCUGCGGGUUGGUGCUGUUGCUGCGGUUUUGGGGUGCAGCACCUCAGAAAGAACUCCACGGGGUUGUGGCCUUCCUUAUGGGCUGCCCAGCCUUCGUCCUGCUUCUCUGCGGGUGGAAAACUAGCAAGGCAAAAGCUGUAUUGAGUGUUAAUAGAGCCUUCUGUUGUUGAGACAGUAAAAGGAGUGCGUACCAUUAUAUAACGUAGUUAUAAGCAGGAAAACUGAGGACAUAGUUACAGACGUACCCAGAGUGCAAAAGUCAAUUUUGAACAGCUGGGAGGGAAUGUUGACUUCUAAGAUAAAUGAGGAACUCCAUCCUUUGGUAUCAAGCCAGGAAGACCAGGGUUGCUCGGCUGUUGAGGCUUUGGCAUACUGAAGCUUUGACAGUUUUCAUCUGUGAAGAGGAAGCCCCUUGUGCCAGCCCUCUGUUGCUUAGUUUUGGUUUGCAGGAUUUUAUUCUUGAGAGGCUUCUGUUUCAAAACUCCGAAUUGCAAUUUGCAGAGACUGCUAUUCAUCUCAAGAUGGAAGAGUCAGUGCUGGAUAAAUUGCCAUCUUUGUGCAAUACUCCAAAGGAUUCUGGAGCGGCACCUGCACAGGGGACUAGUUCAGCAAAGCAGAAAAUGAGUGCAGCUCUGAGGGAACGAUUACGGAAAACAAGACGUUCAUUUAAUGCCAAUUUUACAGUGGCAAAGCGCCUCAAAAUAGACACAGAAGAAAAAGAUUCUGCUGGUGCUGACACAGGGUGCUUGCCAGAGACAAGUGCAGACUGUUCCAGAUUACAAGAUGGUUCUGAAAACCUGGAAGGAAAUGGCACUGGACACACAUGUUUCAAAAGUUCCUCACAGGAGAGUGAUCCCUGUGGGUCAGCAGAGAAUUCAGAUGUGCCACAGGUUGAUCUUGGUCAGCAGCAGUCCCUGGAAGAAAAAGUAAAGCUGGUGAAACAAGUGCAAGAGAAGGAAGAGCUACUGCGUAGGCUCAAACUGGUGAAGAUGUAUCGGUCCAAGAACAACCUGUCUGAGCUGCAGGCUUUGAUAGUGAAGUGGAGAAGUAGCACCCAGCUGAUGCUGUAUGAGCUGCAGUCAGCCUUUUCUGCAGAUGGCAAGAAAGUGAGUCUCACUGAGCUCAUCGAUACUUUUGGGCUAGAAGACCAAUUACUGCACUACAGCAGAACAGAAGAAGAUUUUGUAGAUAUGUAAUCUACAGCUGUAGAGCUUCCUUUGCACAGACACAAAAGCAGAAAAGACUGAAUAAAUUCUGAUUGUGUCAGAAGUGUUGGUCAGAAAGUGGACUUCAUGUUUUGGGGUUAGGAGGCUUUCUCCAGAGAUACUUGUAAAGCUGUGAACAUACAUACAGUAGGCACUGUAAAAGAAAUUACUUAUGGAAAAAAAAUCAAACUUGGUGAUGCUUUGGAGAAUCUGGCUUAAUGACUUGGUCAGUGAUUUUUUAUUUAAUAAAAACAAAAUUAAGUCAUAGUUUAACAGGUAGAAAGCAGUUCAUUUUUGAUUUGUUUCUGCAUGGUCAGAUGGGGAAGAGUUCAGUUUGUUUGUAGAUACACCCAUUUUACAAACCUCUUCCUGGUGCCAGUCAGCCAAUGAAGGCUAAUGACAGCAUUUUGUGAGUUAAGUGAAGAUAGCUAAUUCUCAUGAUGUUAAUAUUCCAGAGCUGAGAUAAGAUGUUCUCACUGGCUUUAACUCCUACUGAGGGAAAUGUGCCAUAAUGCAGUACUUUCAGGUGCUGGUCCAGACAAUCUCUUCAGGGCUGCUGUCUCACAAGCUUUCUGCCACAUCCUGAGGUAAUAGAAAGGAAGGCAAGAAAAUUGAAACCAACUUUCUACUCUUCUACUACAUGUGAGCGCCAAGGUGUUUUCUCUCUUCAAAUAAAUAAGAAAAAAAGGCCUUGUUUAAUGGAAUUGCU